GGGCGAGGUGAGAGGUGGCGGCGGGCAGAGGGUGUUUUUUUCCUUUUCCCUCCAGAGCGGGGGUUUGUAAACCGAAGCCAAAGAGUGUCCCCGUGGGCCGGGCGUACUUUUUUUCUUCUCCGGUGCGCUCCUGCAGGGCCGCCUGGUGCCUGAGAGGAAACAGUGGAGGCAGCGGGGCAGGUCACCCGGGGCGUCGGCGAUUUUAUUGAGCCCGAGCCGGCGCGCGCCGGGAGAGGCCGGGCGGGCGGUGGAACGCGGGGACUGGGUGAGGCCCCGCGACCCGCCAGGGAGGCGGCGCGAGGUAGAGGCGGCGGGCGCGAGAGCGGAGCAUGAGCGCCCAGUAGCCGAGGCCCCGCAGCUACCCGGCCUCAGAGGCGACGCGAGGGCGGGCGGGUGGCAGCAGCAACGUAGCCCAGCGGCCCCAGCGGCGCCAGCAGCCGCCCCAGAGGCCCCCGCGGCAGUGCGGUCGCGCUGAGGCGCGUUCCCUGCCUGCUCCGCGCCGCCCGCCCGGGGCCGCCCUUCCUCGGCCCCCGGCCGCCGCCGCCCCGAUGAGCUCGUACUUCGUGAACCCGCUGUACUCCAAGUACAAGGCGGCGGGCGAGGCCAUCAAUCCCACUUACUACGACUGUCACUUCGCGCCAGAGGUCGGCGGCCGCCACGCCGCCGCCGCCGCCGCCGCCGCCUUGCAGCUCUAUGGCAACAGCGCCGCCGGCUUCCCGCACGCGCCCCCGCAGGCGCACGCGCACCCGCACCCGUCGCCGCCGCCUGCCGGGCCGGCUUGCGGUGGUGGGGGAGGCCCCGGUCCCGGCCAGGAGUACUUCCACCCCGGAGGGGGCAGCCCGGCCGCAGCCUACCAGGCCGCCCCCCCUCCGCCGCCGCCGCCUCCCCCCUGCGGCGGGAUUGCCUGUCACCGGGAGCCCGCGAAGUUUUACGGAUACGAUAACUUACAGAGACAGCCGAUUUUUACGACCCAGCAAGAGGCCGAGCUGGUACAAUAUCCUGACUGUAAAUCGUCCAGUGGUAAUAUUGGCGAGGACCCAGACCACUUAAAUCAGAGCUCAUCUCCUUCUCAAAUGUUUCCCUGGAUGAGACCACAAGCAGCUCCUGGUAGACGAAGAGGAAGACAAACCUACAGUCGAUUCCAAACCCUAGAGCUGGAAAAGGAAUUCCUUUUUAACCCUUAUCUGACCAGGAAGAGAAGAAUCGAGGUUUCCCACGCCUUGGCCCUCACCGAGAGACAGGUAAAAAUCUGGUUCCAGAACAGGAGAAUGAAAUGGAAAAAGGAGAACAACAAGGACAAAUUCCCGGUUUCCCGACAGGAGGUGAAGGAUGGGGAAACCAAAAAGGAAGCCCAAGAGCUGGAGGAAGACCGAGCCGAAGGCCCAACAAAUUAACUUCCACCUUUAAAAUUUUACCGCAGAUUAUUGAAACUAAUGAUCAGCAUAUGCUGGUGAACACCACCUAUUUUCUUUGUUGGAAAGGACUUUACCUGUAUUUCAAGCUACCUUCAUGUCACUGCUCUUGAGGUUUCUGCGCUUUGAGAGGGAUUUGGGUGUUUAAAAAAAGUUUCUAGUGUCGUACAGGAACAGCCCUUGAGCUGUCCUAUGUAAGAGUAAUUUGAUUCUGACCUUGUAGCUAUAUUUUUAUAAUGGUAGUUUUUAAUGGCUGAGCUGGUGAUUUUGCCUCAACAACGUAAACUUCCUAAUGUUUAGCACUAAAUAAUUGAAUAUAAAAUGCUUUAUUAAUCAAACAAGUGCACUUGAACAUUUUAAAUUUUUUCUUUAUGGUGAGUAAAUUAAAAGAAGUCUAUUAAUUUUUUUAAAAAAAUUAUGCCUGCAGAAUAUUUACUUUAUAUUAUUUGAUUAAAAUGUAUUAUUUAUAUUUUUCUUUCUACUUUUAUAAUGAAUGGUUCGGGUGCCUUUUGUUUACUCCUAAAAGGUUUCUUUGAGUAUUUUGUAAAUGUAAUAUCUCUGGGAAAAAGUCUGGGCCAAAUAUUCAAAAAGCACAUGUUAGCUGAAGAGUGUAAUGUGUAGUCCUGGCUCUGCAGCUUCCUUAAACUUGGGGAAAAUGUUGGGCCAGUGACAGAAGUUUCAGGACAAUGUCAAAGUUGACAUUUAAUCAUUUUUCUAUAGUUUAUACAAAUUAUGGCAAUUUAAUCAUCUAGAGUGAAUGAAUACUUGAAAAGCCAAUUAUAACAUUUUCACUCAUAUACCUUUUACUUUGGCAAGUCGCCUUGUGGAACGCCUCUUGUUUCUGAACUUGCUUUCGUUUUGAACUGUGCUUGGUAUUGCCUGAAAUUGCUAGGUCUCUGUGCUGUGGCCGCCGCUGUGAUUCCGUUUUUUUGAGGAGGUGCCAUAUUUAUUUGUAUUCCCUUCGCUCUGUUUGCACGCCCAUUGUGAGCCAACUUGCUGUGCACGUCUCAGAUGUCGGUUGGUACGUCCUCUGCUGUUCUCCAGGUUGGCCUCACCUAUUUGAAACAAUCCUUGAGAGCAAACGCAGAAAAAUCCGAGUGUAAACAACCGCUGCAGAACAUAGCUAGCUCUUUAAUAAAAGAAAUGAAUCUUU